GAUGCUUGGACCGAACCUCGUCGCCUUCACCUUCUCUGUGAGCUGACCUUGACUGCCUCGUACACCAAUUCCACACAUUUUUUUUUCUUCUAAAAUCUCCAAUUCCUGCGCUGUACCGCGUCCUCCAUGGCUUCCUCAGACGACAAAUGCAUGCUGCACAGAGGCAGGUCUCAAAGUGACCCGAACAUCCUCAGCGAGUCGGGCAUCGAUUCCACACACAGUGCAGAUGUCAUGGAGCAGCAGAGAGUGAUGCGCUCCAGUUGCCUGGUGAGUGGUGUGCACACUCCUCCCAUCCGCCGGCACAGCAAGCUGGCUACACUGGGGCGUCUCUUCCGGCCUUGGAAGUGGAGAAAAAAGAAGAACGAGAAGAUGAAGCAGAGCUCCACAGAUGUGGCCUUGGCCAGUGGCCUCCACCCUUUGAAUAUCAGCUCUCCCAUUCAGAGUGUUUCAGACGCGGAGCUCCGUCUGCCUGGCUCACAUGGGCCUAUCCUCAGCAUCAGCAGCAUGGAAUAUCUCAGCUCAGAACACGAGCAUCUGCCUACGGUUUCAGAUUCCAUAGAAGAUGGUGCAACAAUAGAAGAACCUAAUAGCACUGAAGAUGAAGACGAGGACGAAGAGGAGGAAGAGUCCCCUCUUGAAGACAAUGAUGAAAAUAGAGAUUCUAAUACAGAGGAAGAAGAAGAAGAUGAAGACAAAGUGCCUCAACGACAGUCUCCUCUGAGUAAUCAUUGCUUUCAGGUCGCUCAGCUUAACGCUGAGGAAGAUCCUGCUAGCUUCACUCUCACAGCAGUGCCUCAGCCCAACUCAUUUCUCCCUAAAGAGAUGCCCAGAGUCCCAGACGGCCCUAGUCCUGUACUUCUCAGAGGGCCUUUCUCCAAUACAGUGGGUUCACCCCAUAUAGGAACCCUGCAUCCUCCUUUGCCCCCUAGCAGUAUCAUCGAGGAACUGCACCGUGCCCUGGCAACAAAGCUUCGACAAGAAAGUUCGGAGCGAGAGCCAAGUGGGGAGGUAGAAAGCAGAAAGGAGGCAGAGGAGAAUAAGGAGAACAUGAGGCAAAGCAACUGCUUCACUGAUGCCUCAGGAAUCAUAUACGACAUCGACAGCUGGAAUGAAUCAGUCAUUUCUGGCACAUUGCCACGGCGAAUGAGAAAGGAGCUGCUGGCCGUGAAAUUGCGGAAUCGGCCCAGCAAACAGGAGCUGGAAGACAGAAACAUCUUCCCAGUGCGCAGUGACCAGGAGAGACAAGAAAUCCGCCAGCAGAUUGAAAUGAAACUCGCCAAGCGACUUAGUCAACGGCCGGCCGUUGAGGAGCUUGAGAGUCGAAAUAUCUUAAAACAGCGGAACGACCAGACAGAGCAAGAGGAGAGGAGAGAAAUAAAACAGAGACUAAACAGAAAGCUUAAUCAGCGGCCAACGGUUGAUGAACUGAGGGAGAGAAAGAUCCUGAUUCGCUUCAGUGACUACGUAGAGGUUGCUAAAGCCCAGGAUUAUGACAGGAGAGCUGACAAGCCCUGGACGAGACUGUCUGCAGCCGACAAGGCUGCCAUCCGUAAAGAGCUGAAUGAGUUCAAAAGCACUGAGAUGGAGGUACAUGCAUCAAGCAAGCACCUAACAAGGUUCCACAGGCCGUAGAAGAGCGUUUUCUUCUGUGAAGAAAAUUAAAAUAGACAUACAGUGGCGAAAUCCUGGAGAUGACGUCAUCCAUGGGAAGUGCUUAUUCUUCCAGCUUUCCUGGUCUUGGGUGCAGUGAUUGACAGCAGUUUCCAAAGCAGGGGCACAGCACCUUGAAGAAAGAAGAGCAGCUGUAGACCUCCGCUCUGAGGCUGGAGAAGAGGGGCCAUUAUGAAAGAAAUUGUGAUGUUAAAACUGAGUUUUUAAAUGAAUGUUGAAAGAAAAUGACUCAGAGUGAAUGUUUGUGUGCAUGUGAGAUCCACUUUAAUGGAAAGAAGAAAAAAAGUCACUCAAAGGGUAUAUGAAUUUCAUAUCAAAUGUAUAAAAUUCAGUCUGUUUAAAUUGCAGAGUAAUUAAUUUGACUUAAGAAUACAUAAAGCAAAUCCUGUGUCUUAUUUUCAAUAAUUUGGGCCCAGAGCCCCUGAGUUCUUGGAGUUUUGGUGAAUCUUGAUGGUGAAGAUUUGCUUUAAUGGUGGUAAGCAACCCCCCAGAACAGUCAGUGAAUUAAGAACUUCAAUCCUAAUUCAACUUAAAUUUUUUAUUUCUUUUUUUUUUUCAAAUAAGGUGCCCUACAACAGUCCUGACUGGUGGGAUGCAAAUGCUUCACCCUGACCCAAACACUUUUUAAGUAUAAGCCCUUUAGAAAACAAGAACUCAAUGACAAACACAUUCUGGUCCAAGCUUUUAGUAAGCAGUACGGACUAGAGAAACAUAAGCCCGCAGUCAGAAAUUAUUCUUCUACUAUCCCAACAGAACUAACAAAGCAUCCAGAAAGCCAUCAAUUUACACACAUCCUAUGAACUCAUUGUUCAUACUGCAGUGUUGUAGUAAUGACAUUAGGUAUUGAUAAAAAUAAUAAGAUGGAGAUUACACCAAAGGCACUAGCUAAAACAUUUUUGAUCUGUAGUGUAAAAGGACAACUUCCCAUUCCUGUCAUGCGUUACUGCUGUGAAUAUAUGUUUUGUUGUUUUAUUUAGUAUCUGACAAGUAAACAUAAAUUUGGGGACUGAAUGUAAGUGUCAAGGGUUUAUUCACAAAUAAAUUUUUUUUUACAUUUUA